CUGUGGUGUCCGAGUCGAGGCUGUGAGUGUAGCUUUAGGAAAAGAAAGGCUUUAUUUCUGUCUGAUAUUCUCCCCUACUUGCGUGUUUCCAGUCUCUCCAGAAGGGCUGUGCUUCUCCCUCCUUCUCCUCUGCCUAUUUAUAUCCGCGGUGACGUUGCAGGAGUGUUUACUUUGGAAGAAAUCUCUCCGUCUGUCUGAGGCAAACUGAAAGCAAAGCUGCAGGAGAAAGCGUUCAAAGCUGCAGGAGAAAGCUUUCCUUUCUUCUCCUGCUGGGGAGAAGGGAGGCCUGGGGACUCAGAGGAAAUGAUCACCUGGGAAGGACAGGAAGCCUGGCAAGGCGCUUCCCGCCGGGCUAGCGAGCAGCCGGGAGAGGAGCACUGAAGAAGCCCAGCCCGGGGGAAGUUGAAAGGCAACUUUGCAGGCGGAGGAAGUCGGGGCUGGCGGAGGAGGCGCGGGCGCGCUCCGGGAGUGGCCGCGCCGCCGCCGUGUCCCCGUCCUGCUGCCGGGAGCGGCGCGCCUGGCUGCGGCUGGAAGGGGACAAGCCGCGUUUGCUGCCGCCUCGUUUCCAGCAGAAGAAGCAUGCCAGCACGAAGAUGAAGUAGAGCGUUUCCUAUGCUGGCCGCACGCUGGUGUCGGCUGGGCAGGGACGGGCUCUCCCUCUGGCCAAACCCAUUCCAGGGACAGGAUGAAGCCAAGGAGGAGCUUCCCGCCACGCUGGAGCCGCAGUGACUGCUGCCCACUCUUUUAAAGCCCAUGUGCCACCGUCCCUGGCGAGAUGAAAGAAGUGGUGCUGUGGUCACCCGAGGAGGUGACCAGCUGGCUGACGGACAAUGCCGUGCCGGAGUACUGUGAGCCCCUGAAGAACUUCACCGGGCGGGACCUCAUCAACCUGACGGAGGAGGAUUUCAAGAAAUCCCCUCUGUGCCGGGUGUCUUCCGACAGCGGGCAGCGGCUGUUGAACAUGAUCGAGGGGCUGAAGAUGGCUCACCACAUGGAGGCUCACAAGAACGGCCACGCCAACGGGCACGUGCGCGCCGGCGACGCCGCGCGCCAGAACGGCUUCGGCGCCGCGCUCAAGCUCAAUGGGGUCCCCAACGGGUUCAAGAAGGAGAUGAUCAAGAUCCCCAUGCCGGAGCCGGAGCGCUCGCAGUAUCCCAUGGAGUGGGGCAAGACUUUCCUGGCUUUUAUUUAUGCACUUUUUUGUUUCGUCUUCACCACGGUGACUAUCUCGGUGGUUCAUGAACGAGUGCCUCCCAAGGAGGUGCAGCCUCCCCUCCCAGAUGCAUUUUUUGAUCGCUUUGAUCGGGUGCAAUGGGCUUUUUCUAUUUGUGAAAUCAACGGCAUGAUCCUUGUAGGACUGUGGUUUGUUCAGUGGCUGCUCUUAAAAUACAAGUCUAUAAUUAGCAGAAGAUUUUUCUGUAUUGUUGGCACACUAUACCUGUACCGGUGUAUUACCAUGUACGUGACUACACUCCCAGUACCUGGAAUGCAUUUCAAGUGUUCUCCAAAGCUCUUUGGAGACUGGGAAUCUCACCUGCGAAGGAUAAUGAAGUUGAUUGCUGGCGGAGGCUUGUCCAUCACGGGCUCCCACAACAUGUGUGGGGACUACCUGUACAGCGGCCACACCGUCAUCCUCACCCUCACCUACCUGUUCAUCAAAGAGUAUUCCCCACGGCGACUCUGGUGGUACCACUGGCUCUGCUGGGCGCUCAGCAUGGUGGGGAUGUUCUGCAUCCUCCUUGCUCAUGACCACUACACUGUGGACGUGGUGGUGGCUUACUACAUCACUACAAGGCUAUUCUGGUGGUACCACACAAUGGCCAACCAGCAAGUGCUAAAAGAAGCUUCCCAAACGAACCUCCUUGCAAGGGUGUGGUGGUACAAGCCCUUCCAGUACUUUGAGAAGAAUGUCCAAGGGAUUGUACCUCGCUCCUACCACUGGCCCCUGCGGUGUCCGGCGCUGGCGCGGGGCCGGCAGGUCAAGUACAGCCGCCUGGUGAGUGACACGUAACAGUGUCCCCAGAGCCCCGAAAGGACCUGUCCCAAGUGCUCACAACUCCAAGAGAAGAUGCCAUAAACAAAAACCCACCGCUCCCUAACCCUUUCUUUAGCAGCUCCCUGGACCUGACCCGUUCAGUUACCUGGUAAGCACUGUGAUCUUUUUUUCUCUCCAAAGGAUCUGCGUUGGACAACAAUAAAGAGAAUUUAACUGAUCAUGCACUGUUAUACAUUUCUUGUUGAUAGAGUUGGGAUUUGCAUUUGCCCAUCACCAUGUUCCUUUGUAUAUGAUGCGACAACAUAGAUGAAAAGCUUUUAUAUCAUAAGUUCUGGUCUUUCCAGUCACGUCUGGGAACAAAGCAUAUUAUUUUCUUGGGAAAACAUACUUUUCAUAUCUCUUGCCCCAAAGAUUGGGCUGUAAGCCAUUUUCUAGCAAAUGACUAUAUGAAGGUUUCUAAAUAUCUGCCUUGGGUGAAAUCAAGAAAUCUUUCUACCUGUUGCACCAUGCUACGAAUAAGAUGAUAGACACAGAAAGGUUUGGUAAAUCCUGAUUUUGUAGAUUCUGCAGUGACUGACUGUGUCAAAAAAGUGCAAAAAAAAAGAAAAAAAAAAGAAAAAAAAAAGAAAAAAAAAACAAAAAAAAAGAGAGAAAAAAUGUAAAGUGAUUUUCUAAGUAUUUCCUAACUUUAUUUUUCAAAAUGUGUAUGAAAAAAAAAAUUAAAUUUAAAAAGAUUUUUACAUGUCAGAGAAUAGAGAGUUAAAAAAAUUUAAAGAAAAUGCUUCUUGGGAGAGAGAGAGAUUUGUCUAUGUUUCUAGUGCCUUUCUUGUCUUGAUUGUAUGGUCAGUAGGCAGUCUUAAAUGUUUUUAUUUAAAAUAAAGUAUUCCAUGAAAGCAGAAUUAUAUAUACUGUAUAAUUACUAAUUUUUGCAUUUAUAGCUAAAUUAAACUGGAAAUUUGCUUAUAAUGUUGAAAUUGCCACGUGUAGGGAAAAACCUCCCACCCCACCAAAUAAAAAAGGGUCCGGCCUUGCUCACACAUUGUGGGCAGGUCAAGCUAAAAAAGUAUCACUUUAUUGUCUACUUGGUAGCUGGGUUUUAAAAAGCAAAACAGCCAUGAAUUCCUGUUUUUUAAGAAUUUUACAAAUGAUCACUGAGUGAACUAUGAAUGGUUUCUCCAUCCCCUUGUCGGAGUGUUGUUGAAAAACAACAAAGAUAAUCUAUUUCUUUAAAAUAUUUGUGCAGAAACUGCAUGUAAUUCUAAGUUUCCACUCCUACCAUACAUACUGUAUGUUUGGGGAAGUCUCCUAUCCUAAACUUGCCAAUGUGCAGAACAAAAAUAGUUUUUAUAAAAAAAAAAGAAAAGAAUGAAGAAGAGAAAAAUAUAUAUAUAAAUAUAUAUAUAUAUAUCCAUUCUGUAUUUUACGUGAAGCAGAGUUAUCUUCUGUAGGUUUUUUGUGUAUUCACAAGGUGAUAUUUGUAUUGUAAAACAACAAUGGUGAAGGAAAAUAAAAAAGGCUUUUGAAAAAUGUAGUUUCCCUUAUCUUCUUAAUAUUCAGUUGCAAUUUAAAGCUGGGUUUAUUCUU